AUGGAGCAACUAUUCAACACUGACGUGAACAAGAACUUGAACAAAGCACAAUUCAAGGGUCCUAUGAGGCAGAUCUUCGUUGAGUUCUUGGAGCGGUCUUGUACAACUGAUUUCUUUGGGUUUCUUCUCUACAAGGAGCCUGGUCGACAACUCAAGAAACGAACCCAGCGGUGGCUGAGAUCUUUUACCUCAAUCAUCUGCUUACUCCAUUGA